AUGGCUGGUCCAUUUGAAGACGAGGAUGAGGCGCAUGCGCAUCAUCCGACCGAUCAGCAAUCACAGACUCAAAGCUCGGCAGACGGCGCUGAGUCUCAAGAACCUGCUGCGUCUCCUGCGUCGCAGAACCCUCGACUCUUAAGGCCUGGCAGGCAGGCAUCACGAGCAUCUUCGUCUCACGAGACGGCCGGCAAAAAGAACUACAUGUGGACUGCUCAGGACAUCAACACUCUAGUCACGGUCCUGUUCAACAAUCCAUGCUUCCAAGUCGCACCGCUUCCUUCCCGCAUGUCAGGUGACGAGCCCAUCAACAAGCUCAGUAAGCUCAACAAGACUGCUGUAGAGCGCAGCAUCUUCAAGUCGGUCUUUCCAAAUUCCGAACACGUCGAGCCUGAUCGCAUCAAGUCCAAAAUCCGCUGGCCCAGGGGCCUCUACUCCAAGCAAAAGAAGAAGCUAUCGCUACCAGCAGCUGGGUUUCUCGAAGGUAUGGACUCUUCUGAGCCGACCCGCGUCUCUCGUGCUGCGCUUGCUGCCAAGCAUCCGUGCAACGAGGCCGCCAUCAUGCACGACCGUGACGUCAAUAAAGACGGUCACUCUGGUCACGGUCAUGGUCUUCCGCCUCUCGAUGAUCUCGUGCACAACACAGUCCACCCUGCCAUGCUUGACUUCACAGCUGGCGGGGCUGUUGAGUCUCAGUCUCAGUCCGUCCGAAGCGAGACCCCCAUGCAUUUGCUCACAUCUGGUACAGCGUCGGGUACACGCCGUUGUUCGACUCCCUCCACUCCAGCAGCCGAGUUCUCCAGCGCUUUCACGACCACACCCACUUCUGCAGGCAAGCGCACGCGAGCGGCGGCUGAACAAACGAAGGAUGCAAUUGCCGACGCAUUUGAUCGAUUUCAGAAGGAGACUAUGCAAACGCGCCUCCAGCUUGAACAGGAGAAGACCAAGCGCGAAGACAUGCGCCCGGCUGUGGAGCAGCUCAAGAUCCAGGCGGAAAGCGAUACUCGCAAUGCCUUGAGGGAGCAGACCGCUGCCAUGCUUCGUAUGCAGCAAGCUCAGAGCCAGAAUAUGACAGAGGUGUUGCGCCUCUUGGCUGGUCGCAACGCUUCCCAUACGGAGGCUGGAGCAGGCUCCAGCAGCACUUCUCAUGAUCCGCAGAAUGGUCAACACGGUCCUCAUUAUGUACCCUAUGCUCACAAUACCCUUGCAUGUACCAACAAUGACAGCGUUGACUUUACCAAGUACCGAGUGGUUGUGUUUGUGUGUGUUUGUAUGGCAGACGCACGUUGA